AAUCAUUUCGCGACACUCUAAUUUGUUUCCUGGAGUUUUUUAGGAAAAGUGUUGGUGUGGUUUAUUAGGAGUAAAGAUGCCGAAGGUUGUUUCGCGUAGUGUAGUUUGUUCAGAUACUCGUGAUCGGGAAGAAUAUGAUGAUGGGGAAAAGCCGCUGCACGUCUAUUAUUGUCUGUGUGGUCAAAUGGUUCUUGUGUUAGACUGCCAGCUGGAGAAACUUCCCAUGAGGCCACGGGACCGAGCCAGAGUGAUUGAUGCAGCCAAGCAUGCUCAUAAAUUCUGUAACAUAGAAGAAGAUGAGAGUGUUUAUCUUCGAAGACCAGAGGGUAUCGAGAGGCAGUUUAGAAAGAAAUGUGGAAAGUGUGGCCUGUUGCUGUUUUAUCAGCACCAAAUGAAAAAUACUCCAGUGACAUUUAUUGUCGAUGGAGCAGUAGUGAAGUUUGGCCAGGGAUUUGGCAACACUAGCGUUUAUAGCCAAAAGCAAGAGGCUCCCAAAAAAGUCAGGGUGAUGAUGACAAAGCGCACAAAGGAUAUGGGAAAAUUCAGCUCUGUUACCGUCUCGACCAUAGAUGAGGAAGAAGAAGAGAUUGAGGCUAGGGAAGUUGCAGAUUCAUAUGCACAGAAUGCAAAAGUCAUCGAGAAACAGCUGGAAAGGAAAGGCAUGAGCAAAAGAAGACUUCAAGAGCUGGCUGAACUGGAAGCUAAAAAAGCCAAGAUGAAAGGAACGCUGAUCGACAAUCAGUUUAAAUAAAUCCGAUCUGCGGAUCAGCUUGUGAACUUUUCUUAGCUUGUGAACCAAUAUCUGAAAUGAGUGUUCCUCCCAUAAAAAAAUAUCGGACACAUGGCUCUGGUUUUCUUUGUUCAGUAGGCGCAGGUUCCACAGUUUGUAGAUUUUUUUUCUUCAGACCUUCAAGAUACGUGUUGGUAAUGGAGAAUAUAAUAUUAAAUGUUAUGCCUCGUGUUUGGUUACUUUCCCAUGUGAAACCAGUCAAGAUUAUAUUCUUUUGCAGAAAGGAGUCAUAACUGCAAAGAUGGGACCAAUUGGGAAUUUUAGAUUGGGUGUGUUUAUUAUUGCUAGUAUUUGAAAAAAGGAAGGGUUAGUUGUAAAAGCCCUUAGAUCGAUUAUAAAUUAAUUGAAAAGGUUUAAAAAGCUGGUCAAUUAAUGAUUUGCAUAUCAUUUGCCUUUUAAUUUUAAGAAGAUAUCAGAAGAUAUAGUAACAAAACAACAUGCCGUUUUUUCAUAAAAAUGUGUUCAUGUCUAGAAAUUGCUGUCCUUUUUAAGACAUUUGUCUUCUGAACAUUUUUGGUGUGGUCUGUAACAAAAUUAAAAGCAUCAUUAAAAGCUCACCAUUUGUUUAUAGCUUCUCGUGUGUUUUAAGUUUGCAUUUAUGCUGGCAGACAGUAUUUGAUGAGCUGUGUUUUAAAAAAGGAUGGGAUUCAAUGUGAUGUAUCAUUUUCUUGCUUUUGAUAACGGUACUCUGUCAAAUAGAACCAAAUGCCAGGUAAAUUUGGUAAUAACCACAUGGCUUAUACAGUAGUUUUGCAAAGGUUUGCAUACUUUGAAAGAUUUUAAAAAUUAGUUUGUGUACCAUUAUUAUUCACAAAAAAUAGCUUGUAAUUUUUUUUUACUUGUAAAUGGCUUGUACAUACAUUGUAUUCAUAACAAUAAAGGAAUUUGUUUAAUACA